GCAGCCUGAAGAGCACUCGCAGCACGCGCUCUGCGCUCCAUUACUUCCGCCUUCCGGAACACCCAGGAAGACCAAUCGAGCUGAAUCAUCGCGCUCAGUGGACAGUCGCCUGCUUUACAGCAAAUAUGUUUCGUAACCAGUAUGACAACGAUGUGACCGUGUGGAGUCCUCAGGGCCGCAUUCAUCAGAUCGAGUAUGCGAUGGAGGCAGUGAAGCAGGGCUCGGCCACCGUCGGACUCAAGUCUCGCUCUCACGCUGUCCUUGUGGCCCUCAAGAGAGCUCAGUCUGAGCUGGCUGCUCAUCAGAAGAAGGUCCUGAACGUGGACAGUCACGUGGGCAUCUCCAUCGCAGGACUGACGGCCGACGCCAGACUGCUCUGCAACUUCAUGCGGCAGGAGUGUCUGGACUCUAGGUUUGUCUUCGAUAGACCUCUUCCUGUGUCUCGACUGGUCUCGCUCAUCGGAAGCAAGACCCAGGUUCCCACGCAGCGCUACGGCAGACGGCCUUAUGGAGUGGGGCUACUGAUCGCAGGAUAUGAUGACAUGGGGCCGCACAUCUUCCAGACAUGUCCCUCAGCUAAUUACUUCGACUGUAAGGCCAUGUCGAUCGGCGCUCGCUCGCAGUCGGCUCGCACGUACCUCGAGAGACACAUGGAGGCCUUCCUGGAUUGUAAUCUGAAUGAUCUGGUGCAGCACGGUCUGCGUGCGCUGCGCGAGACUCUUCCUGCUGAACAGGAUCUGACCACAAAGAACGUGUCUGUUGGGAUUGUGGGGAAGGACAUGGAGUUCAGCAUCUAUGACGACGAUGCUGUGGCGCGGUUCCUGGAGGGUCUGGAGGAGCGGCCACAGAGACGGGUGGCCCAGCCGGCUGAUGAAGCGGCUCCAGCUGUACCUGAUGAAGCCAUGGAGCACUAACACGUGCCUCUCCAGCUCUGACUGCAGCUUCUCUGCCUCACACAAACCUGUAACAUUUAAACCUUUUUCUAUCUCUGAGUUUAAGAGCAAUAAAUCUGUCUUUGUUUCUUUC